AUGUCCAAUGCAUCCAUGCCAAGGGAAAUGGUUGAGAAGGAAUUUUGCAUUCACUUUGUUACAUCAUCACCACAUGCUACACCCUUGGAGCUCAUGAAUGGUGUGUCAAAAUCUGUAAGGAAAACAAUGGAGGAGGGAGUCAUCACCUGGGACUGCAAGUACAAAGCAGAGGUCAUGCUCAUUGAAUACAAUGUUUUCAUUGCAGGAGACAAUCCAAUGCAGGCAGAGGAGUGCAGCCAUGCAGGACUUCAUUGCAACUACUUCUGCGGGACAUGUAAUGUUGGUGGAACAAAUCAAGAGAAGAUGUCUGACUCUGGCUAUAUGAAUCUAUUUGAGUGUGGUGAACUCUGCACCCCUGAAAGAACAUUAGCAGAGAUCAAGAAGCAGGUGGAGUUGGCUAAGCUGCCUGGGGGGACAGAGAAACUCAAGGGUGCAGUUGCCAGUUCUGGCAUAUGUGACCCAGUGUCAAUGUCUAUCAUAAACCAUUUAUUGGAGCUUGGGAAGCAGUUGAGAAAGUGCAAGGCAGGAGUACCAGCCAAGCCUGAAGCAGAGGUUCAGGUGAAGCUGGAAAAGGAAUUUGAACUGGCAUUGGGUGGACUGUCUCUUGAUGACCAUAUAAAUCCACUUCUUGGAAUGCCUGGUGUCAACAUCCAUCAGGAUACACCCACAGAAAUCCUCCACACUAUUCUUCUUGGUAUUGUUAAAUACUUCUGGGGACUGACUACCUAUAUUCUUGAGAAGGCCCAACAACUCAACCUCUUCAAGGCACAUGCUGGAGUCCAUUAA